AUGGGUUCUAUUGGUAAAACCGACCUUCCUGUGCGGGGCAAAAGUGCUUCUGUCAUGGGAAGUAUGGCGAAGAAAGAUUUCAUGUUUGAUCCUGAAUGGAGGAAUAUGAACCAUGGAUCCUUUGGAACAUAUCCCAAAGCUGUUCAGGCUAAGUUCCGCGAGUAUCAGGAUGCCAGUGAAGCUCGUCCUGAUCCUUUCAUCCGCUACGAAUACCCUAAACUGCUGGACCAAAGCCGCGCAGCAGUUGCUGAACUCGUAAACGCCCCUCUCGACACAGUCGUAUUCGUCCCCAACGCAACAACAGGCGUAAACACUGUCUUCCGCAACCUAAAAUGGAACCCUGACGGAAAGGACGUCAUCAUCAGCUUUUCUACCAUCUACGAAGCAUGCGGUAAAGUAGCAGACUAUCUCGUCGAUUACUACGGUACCGUAGAGCAUCGGGAAGUGAAGCUUGAGUAUCCCAUCGACGAUGACGAAAUCAUACGUCGAUUUGAGAACCUAGUGAAAGAGAUCGAGAAGGAGGGCAAGAGGGCUAGGAUUGCCAUCUUUGAUGUUGUUUCUUCGAGGCCUGGAGUGGUGUUUCCCUGGGAGGAGAUGGUGAAGGCUUGCAAGAAGCUUGGUGUUUUGAGCAUGGUCGAUGGAGCUCAAGGAAUCGGAAUGGUGAAGCUUGAUCUCAACGCUGCUGAUCCUGACUUCUUCGUGUCGAACUGCCAUAAAUGGCUUCACGUUCCGCGCGGGUGCGCAGUCUUUUACGUUCCUAUCCGCAACCAGGAGCUGAUCCCAACGACACUGUCGACUAGCCACGGCUACAUUCCCAAGCUUGUCCAGCGCAUCACACCCUUGCCUCCCAAUUCAAAAUCCCGCUUCGUCACGAACUUUGAGUUUGUGGGUACAUUGGAUAACUCACCUUAUCUCUGCGUUAAGGACGCUAUCGCCUGGCGCAAGGACGUUCUUGGUGGCGAAGACAAGAUACUCGAGUACCUAUGUGAUCUGAACAAGAAGGGCAGUGAACACGUCGCUGAGAAGCUGGGCACGACAUACAUGGAGAACAGCACCGGCACUCUACGAAAUUGCGGCAUGGCUAAUAUUGCGCUGCCCAUUUGGACAGAGAAGGGUAAAGAAGACGACGUAGUUGUUUCUGCUGAGGAGACGCAGACUGCUUUCCAGUGGAUUCUCAACACCUUGAUCGGGGACUACAAGACCUUUGUAGCACUUUUCUUGCAUGGAGGAAGGUUCUGGAUCAGGACGAGUGCGCAGGUUUAUCUUGGGAUGGAGGAUUAUGAAUGGCUUGGUGGUGUUUUGAAGGAGCUUUGUGAGAGGGUUGGCAAGAAGGAGUAUCUCAACUGA